AUGUGGCACAGGACCAGUCUGGUUCCCUGUGCCCUCACGAUCCUCACAGGCUUCCUGGUCAUCUGCCUGGGGGCCUUCUUCAUCUCUUCAGGCUCCUCAUUCAACUGCCGAGGGAACCUGAUUAUGGCCUAUCUGCUCCUGCCUUUGGGCUUUGUGAUCCUGCUGAGUGGAAUUUUCUGGAGCAUCUACCGCCAGGCAAGAAAAAGCACAAGGAUGCUCAGACAACACCUUGCUCAGGGGCACCUGGCCCUGGCCACGGUGGACAGGCCAGAUUUCUACCCUCCGGCCUAUGAAGAGAGCCUUGAUGCGGACAAGCAGACCUGUGGCGCCGGGGGAGCAGCCUCUGAGAUCCCCUCACCACUGUAUACUGAGGUGGACCUUGAUGUCAGCGGGGAAAUCGAGGCCCAGCCAGAGGCCCCUCCACCCUAUGAAGAAUCUGUAACAGACAUAGAGGCCGCAGCCAUGUCCCUGGGUGCUGAGGGGCACAGUCAGGGAUGCCAAAGGCAGGGAAGGUCCCGCUGUGAUGCACCUUCACCGGGAUCAGCUGCUGCUGAUGAACUCGGUCAAGGGGCCAUGGGAAGAGAGGCUGGGUCAGUGGUCUGCACUGGAGCAGCCUUGGGGGCACUCUGGGACAGCUGUGACACUUCACAGAUGUGCUGGGAUGUGGCCGGGCAGGUGGGCCCUGGAGGGGGAGGAUCAACACUCUGCACAGUCAUUUAA